AUGUCAAUGAACAACGCACCAAACGUUUUCUUGGAUCCAAAUGCAAAUCGCUUUCAAGUUAACAUCAUUAAUGAAGACCAUGACAACAAUGAAACAACCCAAGAGGAUGUGGGCUCUGACCCACCACAUUAUGAAGAAACAUCUUUUACUGAUGAAAAACACAACAGACUAAGAAUCAGUUACAGACCAGGAAAAAGAGAAUUAUAUGACAAUUUCCGUCAAAAUGGGGAGAAAACAGAAGCUAGCUUACACCCCUAUGAUACUCACAGUAAAAUGUAUUAUCUACAAACUUUUGGCCAUAACACAAUGGACCCAGUUCCCAAAAUUGAUUAUUAUAGAAACACUGGCAGCGUCAGUGGGAAUAAGCUCAACAGACCAAGCUUAUUAGAAAUUCAUGAACAACUGGCAAAGAACAUUGCUGUGAGCACCGGCUCUGUGGAGAGAGUGGCCAAUGGAGAAAGUAGCGCUGGAGAUGAGACAGCAGCCAGCAAGGAAGAAGAAAACAAAACAGGAUUUGUCAAGUUCGGCUGGGUGAAGGGUGUGCUGGUAAGAUGCAUGCUUAAUAUUUGGGGUGUGAUGCUCUUUAUUCGACUUUCCUGGAUUGUAGGUCAAGCAGGAAUUGGUCUUGGAAUCAUAGUUAUUGCUCUGAGUGUAGUAGUAACAACAUUGACAGGUAUCUCCAUGUCUGCCAUUUGCACUAAUGGAGUAGUAAGAGGAGGUGGAGCAUACUAUCUUAUCUCAAGAAGUCUGGGCCCAGAGUUUGGUGGAUCUAUCGGCCUUAUCUUUGCAUUUGCAAAUGCAGUGGCAGUUGCCAUGUAUGUAGUUGGAUUUGCUGAAACUGUUGUGGAACUUCUUAAGGAGAGUGAUACACUGAUGGUAGAUGAGUCCAACGACAUCAGAAUCAUAGGGACCAUCACUGUGGUGUGUCUUCUUGGCAUCUCUGUUGCUGGCAUGGAGUGGGAAGCAAAGGCUCAAGUUAUUCUUCUGAUUGUUCUCCUUGUUGCCAUUGUAAAUUUCUUUAUUGGCACAGUCAUUCCUACCAACACUGAAAAGAAGGCAAGAGGCUUUUUUAAUUACCAAGCAUCAAUAUUUGCAGAAAACUUUGGACCAGAUUUCAGAAGUGGAGAAGGAUUUUUUUCGGUGUUUGCCAUAUUUUUCCCAGCUGCCACUGGCAUUCUUGCAGGAGCCAAUAUCUCAGGAGAUCUGAAAGACCCACAAAGUGCCAUACCCCAGGGAACAAUGCUGGCCAUUCUGAUCACCACAAUUGCUUACAUUGCUGUUGCAAUAUGUGCAGCCUCCUGUGUUGUAAGAGAUGCUACUGGGAACGUCAAUGAUACAAUUGUACCUGGAAUGAGCUGCAAUGGAUCAUCUGCCUGUGGCCUAGGCUAUGAUUUUUCCAGAUGUGCAAGUCAGCCAUGUGAUUAUGGGCUGAUGAAUAAUUUUCAGGUGAUGAGCAUGGUGUCUGGCUUUGGUCCUCUCAUCACAGCUGGCAUCUUCUCAGCUACUCUGUCAUCAGCUCUAGCAUCUCUUGUCAGCGCACCCAAAGUUUUCCAGGCUCUUUGCAAGGACAACGUCUACAAAGGGCUAGAAUUCUUUGCCAAAGGAUAUGGAAAAAACAACGAGCCUAUCAGGGGAUAUGUCCUCACCUUUGCCAUAGCCAUGGCCUUCAUUCUGAUUGCUGAACUGAACACCAUUGCUCCCAUCAUCUCCAAUUUCUUCCUGGCUUCAUACGCUUUGAUUAAUUUCUCCUGCUUUCAUGCCUCAUAUGCAAAAUCUCCAGGUUGGAGACCUGCAUUCAGAUAUUAUAACAUGUGGGUGUCACUUUUUGGAGCCCUGCUGUGCUGUGGGGUGAUGUUUGUCAUCAACUGGUGGGCAGCUCUCAUCACUUAUGCCAUUGAGCUCUUCCUAUAUAUUUAUGUAACAUAUAAGAAGCCAGAAGUUAACUGGGGCUCCUCUACCCAGGCUCUGUACUUUGUUAAUGCCUUAGACAGCGCUUUGGCUUUAACCACAGUGGAGGACCACGUUAAAAACUUCAGACCCCAGUGCUUAGCAUUAACAGGAGCUCCUAUGGUCAGGCCUGCUCUGCUGGACAUCACCCACGCCUUCACGAAGAACAACGGGCUGUGUAUCUGCUGUGAGGUGUACACGGGCCCACGCAAGCUGUGUGUUAAGGAGAUGAACAGUGGCAUGGAAAAAAAGCAGGCCUGGCUCACAAAGAACAAAAGAAAAGCCUUUUAUGCAGCAGUGGCAGCUGACAGCUUCAGAGAUGGAGUCAAAAGUCUACUUCAAGCCUCAGGCUUGGGUAGAAUGAAACCAAACACCCUGGUGAUUGGAUUUAAGAAGGACUGGAGAAGUGCACCUGCCACUCAAGUUGAGAACUAUGUGGGCAUUCUACAUGAUGCCUUUGAUUUUGAGCUCGGUGUAAUUAUCAUCAGAAUUAGCCAAGGAUUUGAUAUAUCUCAGGUCCUUCAGGUUCAAGAGGAAUUAGAGAAGCUGGAGCAGGAGAGAUUGGCACUCGAAGCCACCAUUAAAGAAAAUGACUUUGAAGAAGGAAAAAGGGGUAUCUGUGGAUUCUUCAAAAAAGCUAGCACACUGAGUAUCUCAAAACACGAAACAAAGGAGAGCACCAUUAACACCAUACAGUCAAUGCAUGUGGGUGAAUUCAAUCAGAGGCUGCUAGAAGCCAGCACUCAAUUUAAAAAGAAGCAAGGAAAAGGUACAAUUGACAUUUGGUGGCUGUUCGAUGAUGGAGGUCUAACAAUCCUGAUUCCUUACAUUCUAACUAUCAGGAAGAAGUGGAAGAAUUGUAAAUUAAGGAUCUUCACUGGAGGAAAAGUCAAUAGGAUUGAAGAGGAAAAACUAGUGAUGGCUUCACUCCUAAGUAAAUUCAGAAUAAAAUUUGCUGAUAUUAAUAUCAUUUGUGAUAUCAAUAUAAAGCCCAACAAAGAGAGCUGGAAAUUCUUUGAAGAGAUGAUUGAACCAUAUCGCCUCCAUGAAAGCUGCAAAGAUAUGACAACUGCUGAGAAAUUAAAGCGAGAGACACCAUGGAAAAUUACAGAUGCAGAGCUGGAAGCAUUCAAGGAGAAGAGUUACCGCCAAGUCCGUCUGAACGAGCUCUUACAGGAGCACUCGAGAGCAGCCAACCUCAUUGUCCUGAGCCUCCCUGUGGCAAGAAAAGGAGCAGUGUCUGAUUACCUGUACAUGGCUUGGCUAGAAAUUCUCUCCAAGAACCUUCCUCCAGUCUUAAUGGUCAGAGGCAACCACAAAAAUGUACUGACUUUCUAUUCUUAG